AUGCGUUCAUCUUCCGCGCUCGCAAUCGGCCUGGCGCCAUUGCUCGCGAAUGCCUACCUCAGCGGGUCUGUGGGCCCAACAACCUCUGCCGCUAGCAAGUCCAACAACAAGAUUUGCAACGUCUUGGACUACGGCGCCAAGGCCGACAAGUCGACUGAUAUUAGCUCGGCCAUCUCCUCCGCCUGGGAGGAGUGUAAGGACGGCGGUGUUGUAUAUAUUCCUUCGGGAGACUAUGCCUUUGCGUCGUGGCUGAAACUGUCCGGUGGAAGCAGCUGCGCUAUUCAGCUGGACGGUAUUCUCUACCGCACUGGCGAUGAGGAUGGAAACAUGCUCAUGAUCGAGCACACCAAGGACUUCGAGUUGUUCAGCUCUACCUCCAAGGGUGCGGUGCAAGGAUACGGGUACAAGUACCACAAGGAAGGAUCGAGCAGUGGGGCGCGCAUUCUCCGACUGUAUGAUGUGACUGACUUCUCGGUCCACGACCUUGCGCUUGUCGAUGCCCCUAUGUUCCACUUCUCCAUGGACACUUGCGAGAAUGGAGAGGUUUACAACCUUGCUAUCCGUGGUGGUGACAAGGGUGGUUUGGAUGGUAUUGAUGUGUGGUCUACCAAUAUCUGGGUCCACGAUGUCGAGGUAACCAACAAAGACGAGUGCGUUACGGUCAAGAGCCCCUCCAAGAACAUUCUCGUCGAGAACAUCUACUGCAACUGGAGUGGCGGCUGUGCCAUGGGCUCCCUCAGCACCGAUGUCGAUAUCAGCGACAUCACUUACCGCAACGUCUAUACCUGGAACUCCAACCAGAUGUACAUGAUCAAGAGCAACGGAGGCAGCGGUAACGUCGAGAACGUCCUUCUUGAGAACUUCAUUGGCCACGGCAAUGCCUACUCUCUCGAUAUCGACGGUGCUUGGAGCAGCAUGAAGACAGUCUCCGGCGACGGCGUCCAGCUCACCAACGUCACUGCCAGGAACUGGAAGGGUACCGAGCAGUACGGUGCCCAGCGCGGCCCGAUCAAGGUCAAAUGUGCGUCCGGUGCUCCCUGCAAGGAGAUGGUCAUUGAGGACUUCGCCAUGUGGACCGAAAAGGGCGAUACCCAGGAUUACACCUGCGAGAACGCCUACGGCUCCGGCGCGUGCCUGAAGGACGGUGACGACUACAGUGCGUACACCACCACGCAGACCAUCAAGUCCGCGCCUUCUGGAUACUCUGCUGCCAGCAUGGCCUCUGAUUUGGCCACUGCAUUCGGUACCGCCUCUGAGAUCCCCAUUCCCACGAUCCCGACCUCGUUCUACCCCGGCGCGACCCCUGUCUCCGCGCUUGCUGGUGCUCAGGCGACUUCUUCCUAA